AUGAAAAGACCUGCGCCAAUUCAGCCGAUAUUCAAUUCAAGGAAGCAGCCAACUGUAGAUGUUGAGAGGAUCAAGGCUUUGUUUAAUGAGAAAAUAUGGACUCAAGAGUUUAGAGAUAAUAUAAAAUCGGAAGUAGCCAAUAAUAAACCUUAUAACUGGGGCACUAUUCAUGAUUUGGUGGAUCCGGAACUGCUACGUGCAGUGCGUAAAGAAGUCGAAACUGAAAUUCACUUUACAAAGAAGGAAACAGAUAUUUACAAGGUGAACCAGAGUGGAGAUUUGGCGAAUUUAUCGGGUUUGGAUUGGAGUGAUCUAUCUCUUUUGCACAAUCUGUGCAAGUUGCGUGAGAUCCUGUAUUCAGAAGUGUACCGUGAGUUCAUAUCGUAUGUGGCUGGCUCGGGAAAGUUGUCUGGAACUAAGAUGGAUAUGAGCAUUAAUACUUACACCAAGGGAUGUCAUUUAUUGACGCACGAUGAUGUGAUUGGAUCGAGAAGGGUCAGUUUUAUUUUGUAUUUACCAGAUCCAGAUAAAAUAUGGAAGGAACAUUACGGUGGUGCUUUGCGUUUGUUUCCAAGCAUUGUUCCAAAUGUACCUCAUAGUGACCACAGUGCAAAGCUGGUCCCUCAAUUCAACCAACUUGCGUUCUUUCAUGUACAGCCAGGAUUAUCCUUUCAUGAUGUUGAAGAAGUCAAGGUUGACAAACAUCGAUUGUCCAUCCAAGGUUGGUAUCAUAUACCACAGGUGGGUGAAGAUGGAUAUAUUCCUGGAGAAGAGGAGGAGUAUGUUACUACAAAUAUCAGUACCUUAGCACAAUUGGAGUCGAAGGUACUACAGGAUUAUGAGUUUCCGAAGGAAGAACGUAACAUUCUACCACCACAACAAGUCAAGUCUUUCAUUGAGCUACUCUCAUCUGAGGAAACUUCCAAAGACCGUACUUCAUCUUAUGGCCAGCUCACCCAGAGAGAUUUGGAGUACUUAUCAGAGUAUAUAUCAGAAGAACACUUGUCAGCGGAAGGUUUAAAUCGAUUACAAUCAAAAUUUAUGGAAAAUUCAUUUGUCCAAAUUGAAUCCUUCUUGAAUGAGAAUAAAUCAAGCUUGUUGAAAAAAUUGAUCAAGAAUGAAGAAUUCAAUGGUGAAUGCCCAUACCAAGCCGCCAGUGUUGAGCAACCUUGGAAGACAGCUAUGCCUCCUCAUAAAUGGAGAUAUCUUUACAUUGAUGGUAAAUCACAUGAGAAUUUCCGCUGUGACGCUGAUAUUUUGGAGAAUUUAAACCAUGGAGAGUUGCCAAACUUUGCAUUGUUGAAACAAACUUUAAAUUCAAAUCUAAAGGUUGAGUUGGAGUUAAUACUCUUGGUGGAAUUUUUAAAGAGUACUGUGUUCAAGAAAUACUUGGUUUUAUUAACCUGCUUAUGCCCGCUAACAGAACAAUUACUGAUUAGAAGAUUUAGACCAGGACAUGAUUUCACAUUAGCCACACAAGUGUCUUUGAAUGAGUUAUUUAACACCAUUCCAGGUUUUGUGGAUGCUGUUUUAGAAGGUAAUUUAUGUUUGACUCCAAGCGAUGGUUGGAAAUCGGGAGAGGUUGGAGGUUACGAACUAUAUAUGAGCAAUCAGCAGGACGAACAAACGGAUAAAGACAUGGACGAUGCUGCGAUAUAUAAAUCAGAUGACUCUGGUGAUUCCGUUUUAAUCAACAAACCCGCCGAUUGGAACUCGUUUAAUUUAGUAUUGAGAGAUGAAUCUGUAUUACAAUUUGUCAAAUAUGUUAGUUGGUGUGCAAAGUCUAGUAGAUGGGAUAUCUUCAUGCAAUGGGAUACUAAAGCCAUUGAAGGCAAUGAAGAAUCAACCAAUUAA